AUGCAAUAUGACCUUUCAUCAUUUAAUGUACGAAUCAUUCCGAUGACUGAAGCCAAACAAGAUUUAAUUGAAUUAUCAACAAAUCCUUUAGAUGUAUGGAUAAAUACACAUUAUGAUGAAUUGUGUGUAGGUAUGACGUGUAAAAAUGCUCUAUUCUGCAAACCAUCAGACAUGAAAGACAAGAAUUUCCAAAUGAGUAUUAAGGAUAAAUGUGAUAGGAAACAAAGAAAAAUAGAUGGUAAACAGACAUGGUAUUAUGUUUUGAAAGAAGAAAUGAAAGGAUUAUAUAAACAGGUUGAACCAAACGAUAAUGAUGAUUCAUUUACUGACGAUGAAAUACCUGUAAAUGAUGCUUUAUAA